AACUCCAAAAACCUCUCAGCAGAGCAUUUCCAAGGAUCGUGCAAAUGGCUUUCACCGAGAAAGACUUCUAUGCUGCACAUUUCAGUCCAAAAGACUAUUUGGACACCUAUUACACCUUCAGCUCUGGAAAAGAAGAUGAGAAUGGCUUUUUGAUUUUCUAUCUGAAAAAUCUCCACCAGGCAUUCAUUUUAGAUGCCAUAAAAGGGGACACCCUGAUUGAUAUUGGAAGUGGACCGACCAUCUACCAGUUCCUCUCGGCUUGUGAGUCCUUUCGAGAAAUCGUCGCCACAGAUUAUUGUGAACAGAACUGGGAGGAGAUGCAACGAUGGCUAAGGAAGGAGCCAGGAGCUUUCGACUGGAGCCCGGUGGUGAAAUAUGUGUGCGAGCUGGAGGGUAACAGGGAAAAGUGGGAAGAGAAGGAAGAGAAGGUCCAAAGAGCCAUCAAGCAGAUACUGAAAUGUGAUGUGACCCAGCCAAGCCCAUUGGGCCCUGUGUCUCUGCCUCCCGCAGACUGCUUGCUGUCCUCCUUGUGCCUGGAAGGGGCCUGCAAAGACCUGCCCACCUUCCGCUCUGCUCUCAAGAACAUCAGCUCCCUUGUCAAACCAGGGGGGCACCUCGUCUUAUGCUCCAUCCUAGAAGAAACCUACUAUAAGGUGGGCCAGCGGCCCUUCUCCUGCCUCUACUUGGAGCGGGCAUCUGUGGAGGAAGCCCUCAAGGAGGCAGGCUUUGCUAUCAAGUGGCUCAAGGAGACCAAGAUCAACUUGCCGCUCUCUGUGACAGACGCGAAGGCAGUCUGCGUUGCAGUGGCCCAGAAAUGCCAGAAUUGAAGGAUAGAACACUGAAAGAAAAGCAGGGCAAAGCAGGAAAUAUUUUGUGGUGGAAUUUGUAAAAAAGUAUUAGUUAUUUCUUUAGAACUUUUAUGUAUGCGACAACAGCAGCUAAAAUAUUAUAUGUACAGAAAUGGAAAGAAGAGAAGGUUCCACCGAAGGAGGAGUGGCUUUUAAAUUUAAUGGACUAUGCAGAAAUGGCAAUGCUGACAGUAAAAUUAAGAGAUCAAGGUGAUGAACUUUUUAUAGAAGAAUGGAAGCCUUUUGUGGACUAUUUAGAAAAAGAUUACACUCAAAUGAAAUUGCGGGCAGGAUUUGAGAUUAAAUAUAUUAUGGUAUAUGCUUUGAUAGAGAGUCUACAUGUCAGGAGUUGUAAAAACAGUAAAACAGAGUGUGAAAAGAC